AUGGACUCUCCUUAUAGUCGUCACCGUCAAGACUCCAUGUCGUCCCCAGACUCCGCCUACUGGCCCCUAGAUCAAUUCGUCCUCGAUCCGGGUUACCUGGCAUACAGAGAAGAGCUGCGUCAUCUGAUAUUCAACACUGCCCAGACCGCUGCCCCUACGAGACAAGGCUCACCCCUCGACAUGUUUGACAGUCAAGGAACAUUUGCGAUCCAAGUCCCCCUGCUGGCCAGACACUGUCCGGCCCUGCUAUGCGCCCUCCUCGCCCUCUCAGCACGCCAGAUGGAACGGAAAGAAGGGAGGCAGCACUCGUUCGACAGCCUGGAACUAUACCAGGAUGCCAUACGACAUCUCAAUCCUCUCCUGCAGGCCCAGGCACGCGACCACACCGGCAACGACGGCGGCGAGAACGACGACGCCCGCCAGGGUGAUGGCGGCAAUGUCGGCAACCACCUCGUCAUCGUGCCCAUCUGCGUCAUCCUCUGCUGUCUGGAGAUGAUGUCCGCCAGCCCGCGCGACUGGAGGAGACACCUCGAGGGCUGCGCUACCCUGUUUGAAGCCUUUGGCGUGAAUGGCUUCAGUGGGGAUAUCCUACAGUCCGUCUUCUGGUGCUACGCUAGAAUGGACCUCUGCGGCGCUCUCAUAUCGGACGGCACACAGGCCACGCUCGUGCCAACCCACAAAUUCCUCCUACCGGGAAUGGACAACGACGACGGCCCUUCCCUCUUCAGCCAGCACCGAUCUCCGGAUAUGCACGCCAACUACGCCGUCUACCUGUGCUCCCUGGUGUGCGAGCUCAUCGCCGACCGCACACGCCACACCGAGAUGGGCGAGAAUAAUGGCUGUGAUGCCGCCACCUUUGACCGUCGCUGGUUGCGCCUCUGGCAUCUUCUCCAGGACUGGGUCCGCCAUCGUCCCGCCGAUCUCGUGCCCCUCAAGUCCAUCGAGACCCGGCCCUUCCCCCAGAUUCUCUUUGCUCACUGGGCUGCCAUAUCGUCCCACCAGCUAUACCACACGGCUUGCAUCCUCCUCCUGAGCUCUGUGCCGCAUAACCUCACCGCCCCGGAUCUCGGGCUCACCGGCUCUCCCAUAUGGCAUGCCAAGCGCAUCUGCGGCAUAUCCCUCACCAACCCACACCAGGGCUGCCUUAACAAUGCCAUCCAGCCCCUCUGGAUCGCCGGCCGUCUCCUUAGCCACAGGUCUGAACACCUCCUUCUCGUCGAGCUCAUCCGCAGCAUCGAGUCCAUGACAGGCUGGGCCACCUCCUGGCGAAUUUCAGACCUCGAGGCUGCCUGGGGAUACAAGAUCAGCACCGGUGAUUGA